UUUUGUCUCUUCCUGGUAGCCGGUCACCCCAGACCUGUUGAUGACACCCAGUGACCAGGGUGAUGUGGACCUAGAUGUGGACUUUGCUGCAGACCGGGGGAACUGGACAGGCAAACUGGACUUCUUGCUGUCAUGCAUCGGCUACUGUGUGGGUCUGGGCAAUGUGUGGCGUUUUCCCUACCGUGCCUACACCAAUGGAGGAGGAGCCUUCCUCGUGCCCUACUUCCUCAUGCUGGCUAUCUGUGGCAUCCCUCUCUUCUUUCUGGAGCUUUCUCUGGGUCAGUUCUCCAGCCUGGGACCCCUGGCUGUCUGGAAGUUCAGCCCGCUCUUCAAAGGUGCCGGUGCGGCCAUGCUGCUCAUCGUAGGCCUGGUGGCCAUCUACUACAACAUGAUCAUCGCCUAUGUCCUCUUCUACCUCUUCGCCUCCCUCACCAGCAACCUACCCUGGGAGCACUGCGGCAACUGGUGGAACACAGACCUCUGCCGGGAGCACCAAGGCUCCCGGAAUGGCAAUGGGUCCCUGGCCCUCAACCUCAGCAGCACCGUCAGCCCUAGCGAGGAGUACUGGAGCCGCUAUGUCCUACACAUCCAAGGAAGCCAGGGCAUCGGUAGUCCCGGUACCAUCCGCUGGAAUCUCUGCCUCUGUCUGCUCCUCGCCUGGGUCAUUGUGUUCCUCUGUAUCCUCAAGGGGGUGAAGUCCUCUGGCAAGGUAGUGUAUUUCACGGCCACAUUCCCCUACCUCAUCCUGCUCAUGCUGCUGGUGCGGGGAGUCACGCUCCCAGGGGCCUGGAAGGGCAUCCAGUUCUAUCUCACCCCCCAGUUCCACCACCUUCUGUCUUCCAAGGUGUGGAUCGAAGCUGCCCUUCAGAUCUUCUAUUCCCUGGGUGUGGGCUUCGGAGGGCUCCUCACCUUUGCUUCAUACAACACAUUUCACCAGAACAUCUACCGAGACACUUUCAUCGUCACCCUGGGCAAUGCCAUCACCAGCAUCCUGGCGGGCUUUGCCAUCUUCUCCGUGCUAGGCUACAUGUCUCAGGAGCUGGACGUGCCUGUGGACCAAGUGGCCAAAGCAGGCCCUGGCCUGGCCUUUGUUGUCUACCCACAGGCCAUGACUAUGCUGCCACUAGCUCCCUUCUGGUCCUUCCUCUUCUUCUUCAUGCUGCUGACUCUCGGCCUGGACAGCCAGUUUGCCUUUCUGGAGACCAUUGUGACAGCUGUGACAGAUGAAUUCCCUUACUAUCUGCGACCCAAGAAGGCUGUGUUCUCGGGGCUCAUCUGUGUGUCCAUGUACUUGAUGGGCCUGGUCCUCACCACUGAUGGGGGCAUGUACUGGCUUGUUCUUCUGGAUGACUACAGCGCCAGCUUUGGCCUCAUGGUUGUGGUGAUCACCACGUGCCUCGCUGUCACCAGAGUGUAUGGCAUCCAGAGGUUCUGCAGAGACAUCCACAUGAUGCUGGGCUUCAAGCCGGGCAUCUACUUCAGAGCCUGCUGGUUGUUCUUGUCUCCGGCCACUCUGCUGGCCCUGCUGGUGUACAGCAUAGUCAAGUACCAGCCGUCGGAGUAUGGCAGCUACCGCUUCCCCGCCUGGGCCGAGCUGCUGGGCAUCCUCAUGGGGCUGCUGUCCUGCCUUAUGAUCCCGGCUGGCAUGCUGGUGGCUGUGCUGCGAGAGGAGGGCUCGCUCUGGGAGAGGCUCCAGCAGGCUAGCCGGCCGGCCAUGGACUGGGGCCCAUCACUAGAGGAGAACCGCACAGGCAUGUACGUGGCCACGUUGGCCGGGAGCCAGUCGCCCAAGCCACUGAUGGUGCACAUGCGCAAAUACGGGGGCAUCACCAGCUUCGAGAAUACCGCCAUCGAGGUGGACCGAGAAAUGGCGGAGGAGGAGGAGGAGGAGGUGGAGUCUAUGAUGUGAGGCAGGAGGCGGGAGGACAGGAUGUGUGGCUGGGUGGGUGACAGGGCUCCUGGAAGCCCACGAUGGGUGGGGGGUGCUGUGGUUGACCCCUUCUCUGGGCUUGUCAUGAAUCUGCCUCCCCUCCACACACUACCCCUACCCAGGCCCAGCUUAGCUCUCAUCAUGCAGAGCAGCUAAGACCAUCUUUGAUCUCUGCUGAGGGCCCAGACCCUCCUUUUCUGGGGACACCUGCCCUCAUCGAGCCAGAACACAGUGGGAGGCUUAGGGCAACCUGAGACCCUAAAAUGGAGGGUUCGGAGUUGAGUGAGUCUCCAACAGGAAGGCCCCCAGAGAAGUGGCAGGUCAGGAGAGGAGGCAUGUAAAUGACGGUCUUGGUGAGGGGCAGAGCCAAUUUAAGUGCCAACCAUAGCCCUUGCCCCAACCUGAAAGCCUCAGGCCGUUAGGAAUAGUGGCCCUUGGGGACCCAGAUGCCAAUGAGGUCAAUUGGGAGGGGGGCCAGGGGGCUCUUCAGGUUUGGUUGUGUUUUAGUUGGAAUAUUCUGGGUCAGGGCACAAGGUGGAGGUGGGACCCCCUGUUGAGGAGGAUGACACAGAGCAGGGUUGGGGACUCCCAGUAACUGAACUAGGGUGGGAAGUAGGGAAAAGGGGGGCCUUACACUUUCUAGAGGUGCCCACAGCUGCCCUCAUUGACUCCAAGCCCCUAGUGUCAUGCUAGGAGCCUUGGGCCUAUGAGGGGUGAAAAUGAGGGGACACAAUCAGGUUGCAGGUCCCUUCUCUUCCCCUCUCCCUUGCCCUGGUGGCCCUUGCUAUCCCUUCCAGCUCCAGGCACUGCCAGGACAUUGGUGUCGGCUGUGGACGGUCCAGGGUGCGGAAAGAGUCACAGGGGGCCCCUACGCACGGCUCUCUGCUCCAGGAUGCAUCCUCGGUCCACUGGAGGGCAGCGGUGCCCCGG